CUGCGCUGUGUGAACGAAGCCGCUCUGCACUGAGCUGGGAGCCUCUACCAGGAAGGAAGCAGGUAAAAGGAAGCUGAACCUGUUAUUGCAGUUAAUUCAUUUUUAUAGUUAACAUGGCAGACCCUUGGGAAGAAUGCAUGGAUUUUGCAGUGCAGAUGGCAAGGAAAGCUGGAACCGUCGUGUGUGCAGCUCUGAAGGAAGACGUCUCUGUGAUGCUAAAAAGUUCACCUGCAGAUUUAGUGACAGUCACAGACCAGAAAGUAGAAGAAAUGAUAAUCUCUUUAAUAAAAGAGAAAUACCCAUCCCAUAGCUUCAUUGGUGAAGAAUCCGUGGCAGCGGGUAAGGGGAGUACACUGACAGAUAGCCCAACGUGGAUUGUAGAUCCCAUUGAUGGUACUACCAAUUUUGUUCACAGGUUUCCAUUUGUGGCUAUAUCAAUUGGUUUUGCUGUCAAUAAACAGGUUGAAUUUGGAGUUGUAUAUAGCUGUGUUGAAGACAAAAUGUAUACUGGCAGAAGGGGAAAGGGCUCAUUUUGUAAUGGACAGAAAUUGAAAGUAUCUGGACAGAAAGAUAUAACACAAUCUAUGAUUAUCACAGAACUUGGGUCAAAUCGGAACCCAGAGGUUGUUAAAAUGAUAUUAUCUAACAUGGAGAGACUUUUGUGUAUUCCAAUUCAUGGGAUCAGAGCGGUGGGCACAGCAGCUGUUAACAUGUGCCUUGUAGCUUCAGGAGGAGCCGAUGCUUACUAUGAGAUGGGAAUCCACUGUUGGGACAUGGCAGCAGCUUCUGUCAUUGUUACUGAAGCAGGAGGUGUUGUGCUGGAUGCAAAAGGAGGCCCUUUUGACUUAAUGUCUUGUAGAGUGAUAGCUGCCUGUUGCAAGGACAUCGGACAGAGAAUUGCCAAAGAACUUCAGAUCAUACCCGUGCCACGUGACGAUGGCAGAAAGAAUGAAUGAGUUUAACAAAUGAAGCCAUAUUUAUAGUAUUUUGCACAGUUUUUAAUGCAAGCCAUUAUUUCAGGAGUAAUACAAUAUCAAUGGUUAUAUAUGAUACAAGAGGCAUUGAGAUGCUAUGUGAUGCAAUCUUGUAUGUCACUUACUGUAAUUAUGCACUAUGUAUCUGUCAUGGCAUUUAAAGGAACACACUAAAAGAAAAAACUUUUUUUUUUUUUUUUUAAGUCCCCUGGGUUUCUUUAUAACUUUACAUUAAUGCCUCCUCCUUUUUUUAUAAAAAAAAAACAUGAAAAUCAGCCUUAAACUGACCUGCAAUCUAGAGCCUAGGCAGACAUUACUGCAGCCGAUCCCCUCCCUUGCUGGAGUUAUUAAGAGGACUUUUUUUCCAAUCAAAUGCUUCUCAUAUCGAACCAAGGUGGACAUAAGCAGCACAUGUAUGGCAAUCGCGGUGUUCCAACCCAUUGUUGUCAGCACAAUUUGCAUGCAAACACUGUACAUAAAAUAGAUUAUCAGUUUACUCCCAAGCUCUAGCAGCUGACUAAAUGAGAGCCACUUGAGCAUGUGAAUUGCAAUAUGUAAACCGUGCCAUUUCUAAGAAAUGGCACUGGUUUAAUCUGCAAGGCUGCACGAGCUGCAUCAACACCCCAAAAUUACUUAAUUAAGAUUAAAUGAUUUUGCUGCUUAGAGUGUCUUCUUAAGUUACUGAUCCAAAGGCCCAAGUUUGAGUUGGCUAAAGUGUAAAUAAAUAGUUGUUAUUGCAUUAUUAAACAAAUUGGAGCAUAAGUGCAAGAAAGUAAUUGUGGCGAUGAACAACAAAAGCAGUUUAUUUGAAGAUGGAAGAUGUUGUCCGUUUGUUAUCUUAAAGUGAUAGUGAAAGCUCAAACUAAAGACCGUAUUCAUACCAAUAUGUCUACAAAGCCUAAAGAUAUAGUUUAUUGUUUAAGCUUUACUCAGGGAACAGUAAUUUCAGUUUGCGUGUGAGGUUCUAAUAUAUUCAAACAUCUUUCAUACAGAGUAUAUACACAGUUUAGCAAACGUAGUUUAGAGUAUAGCUAAACCUUUACAUUCCAUAUAACAAUUAGUCUGUUUAGAACACUGUCAUCUGCAGAAAAAAAAGCAGUGUGAGAGGACUGUGCAAAGCUCUCAGGCAGAAAAGCAAGCUUAGUAUUUAUUAAUGUAGACUUAAAGGACCACGUUAGGCACCCAGACCACUUCAGCUCAAUGAAGUGGUCUGGGUGCCAGGUCCCUCUAAUGGUAACCCUGCAGCUGUAAACAUAGCAGUUUCAGAGAAACUGCUAUGUUUACACUAGGGUUAAUCCAGCCUCUAGUGGCUGUCUCACUGACAGCCGCUAGAGGUGCUUCCGCGCUUCUCACUGUGAAAUUCACAGUGAGAAGACGCUGAACGUCUAUAGGAAAGCAUUCGGCGCUGACGUCGGCAAAGGGAGGAGAGUUCCCCAGCGCUGGAGAAAGCCAAGUGUUUAACCCCUUCAGCCCAGCGGGAGUGGGACCCUGAGAGUGGGGGACGGGGGGACGGGACCUAAAGACCCUAUAGAGCCAGGAAAACAAGUUUGUUUUCCUGGCACUAUAGUGGUCCUUUAAAGAGGGUUACACCUGUCAGUUCCUCAUAUAUCAUCCUCAAAGAUAUGGUCAAAGAGCUUGCACUUUAUUCUUAAACAAGCAGCAAAAGUCUCUUGUUUUGCAUUUUUAUUGUUAACAUUGAACUGCACUCCUUAAGAAUUGCUGAAAUACAAGCAUCUCUGGAACUUGUUGAGAAGUAUGAAUACACAAAUGUAACAUCAGACAUAUUGCAUCAAACAUACUCUUGUUAUAAUGUUUGCACUGAUUUGAUUGUGGAUUAUGUGGUGUUUCCAAACGAUAAGUUUAUUUGUAUUGUUAAGAUGGUAAAAUAAAUGAUGUUUCCCAAGAA